AACUUCACCGAUAUUAACAGCUGUUUUUUUUUCAACAGAAAAACACAUCACUAACAAAACAAAACAGCUGCCGCGCAAUUGGAAAAUUGCGCAAAAACAAAAGGAAAUUCAAAACAAACUAUUGACGACGAUAAGUACAAAGAAAAACAAUAAUAAACAACUCACUGAUCCAUCUUGUGUUUGAAUAGGGCCUCAACUGGACCCCGGCGUACCCUCCCUGCCUGAGAUGGCCACAUCGGCGCCAUCUCCCUUUCGUUGGCCACCACCUCAGUGGCUACUCCUCAUCCGGCGUAGUGCUGUGGAAUCCCCCCCUUCCAUGCUGAGAAACUUACACAACCAUGUUCAUCAUAUUCCACUUUCAUUCUCGCUACGCGGAACAGGAUUCGAAACAGAAGCAAUCAACAAAACAAAGAGGAACAAAAAGAAAUAACAACGGAGUAGGAACGAUUUAUAUGUGGUCGGCGGAAAAUAAAAUAUAUAUCGAGGACUCGAAACCAAAGAAUUAAUUGCUGUUUAUGUUUACGCAACGUGACGACAGUUGCAAAUGUUUGGACGUAGCGCACUGGCGGUCGGAAACAGGGCGGGCUUGGGACGGACUCACCAGUCGAUUUCCUCCUCCUGCCUCAGCGUUGGCGGCGUUGUCUCGCCCACUAUCCCACGUCGUGGAUGCUUCUCCGCGCUUGUCCAGCGGUGAUGCUCUGGUUGUAGCUGUCGUUGUCGUUGUUGUUGUUGUUGCCGUUGCGUGUUGCAGUUGAUAUUGCUGCUGUUAUUGUUGUUGUUGUUGCUCUGGUUGUUGCUGCCGUUGCUUUGGAUGUAGCUGCCGUCGCUCUCUGCUGGGGUUGACGUUGUUGUUGUUGCCGUCGCCGCUGUUAAAACCUCAUGCUUGGCAAUCUUCUUGCUUGCAACGUUAUUGUUGUGAUUCUUUGCCGUUGCUGCAGUUGCUUGUUGCCGUGGCUUAUUGUU